AUUAAAUAUUGUUGGCUGGAAACAGUAAUGUGAAACUGGAUUUUUAUUAAUUUUUAGCACAUGGCAAACAAUGAGUGCGGUAAUAACUCGGGGUCCGGUGACGAUGUCCUGGUGUGUGUUCGCGGCAACAGCUGUAGUGAUCACUCUCACCACGGUGGUGGCCAAUGUGGUGGCGCUACUAGCGCUAUGGCGGGUCAGCCGGGUGCCUUCACAUUAUCCUCUCAUGAGCCUGGUGACAGCUGAUCUGCUGGUAGGGACUACGGUUAUGCCUAUAGGUGGCGCGAGGGAGCUCUUCGUAUUUCAUCUAGAUAAGACUCUCUGCUCUAUAUGGAGUACACUGGACGUGCUCGGCUGCACCGCAUCCAUCCUGUCUCUAUGCGCGUUGGGCUGGGAGCGGUAUCGCGCUGUGACGUCACCGCUUGCGCAACGCCGCGACUCCGCCAAAUAUCUGGCAAUGUUGGUGUGGCCUGUCGCGACUAUUGUUGCGUUACUAACUGCCUUCAUACCAACUACAGAACAUCAUGAUCCUGGGAAAGCUCAGAAAGCUUGUACUGUCAAUAUUAAUGUCGGAUACGUGUUCGGGAGCAUCAUGUUAUCAUUCUACACGCCGGCAGUGGUAAUGAUCGUAUUCUACACGAAGAUAAUCCGCAGUCUUGCCGCGCCGCCGCCAAUACGCGCACACCGAGGUCGCUCACCAGUGCCUGAAGUUACCUCAAUCGACGUAAGGCAACUACCGAAUCUAAACAUGCUUACACGUGCUGCCGCCCUCAUUCCGCCAGAUGCUAUACUAGAUAACUUUUCAGUCCGUCAACGGCGCGCCACAAUGACCAUACUGAAGCUGAUGACACUCUUCCUAGUGUGCUGGACACCGUUCUUUGUCAUGCUCCCAACUGAUGCGCUGUGUACAUGCGUAUCAGACUCUGUUUGGAUGCUGUGUACGUGGCUGGGCUACAUGAACUCUGCCAUCAAUCCAAUGGUGUACGCGGUCGCCUCUCCAAGGGUCCGGAAAGCAUUGCUCGGCUCCCAUACAAGCACAACACAGACAGAACGAUGAUGACAGGUUGACGAAAGAAGAACGGGCGAAGCUAGUGUCUCAAAAUGGCGGCUA